AGGGAGAAAAAAGUCGGGAGAGAGAGGAAAAGAUAUCUACCUUAGGGAAGAACCUCAGAGAGAGGGAGGGAAGGAGAGGACGGGUAGGAGCGUGUGCAUGAGUGUAAGAGACACUUAUUCUCUUAACUACUUGGAGACAGACACACUUUCCUGGCCCGACUCAAAGAAAGAGAGGGGGGAAAAAAAACAGGAGGAAGAUUUUUUUUUCUUUUUUUUUUGUGUGUGUCAAAUAUUUUAAUUUCCCCCCUUCAUUCAACAAUUAAGCUACUCCAGAAGCUCUUCAUCCUGGAAACUCUUCUUCACUGCCUAUUGCAAGUUCUGUGUAUUGAUCCACUUACACACACUUGACAAGGCUUACCUCAUGGAUUUGUAUCUGAUUGGAUAUUUGCUGUGUGUGUGGUUGUCCAGCUCACGGGUGCUCGGAGGCUAUCCCAUCUGGUGGUCCCUGGCUCUGGGGCAGCAGUACUCGUCUCUGGGCUCCCAACCCCUCCUGUGUGGCUCCAUCCCUGGCUUGGUGGCCAAGCAGCUUCGCUUCUGUCGUAACUACAUCGAGAUCAUGCCCAGUGUUGCUGAGGGCGUCAAACUGGGCAUCCAGGAAUGUCAGCACCAGUUCAGAGGCCGCCGGUGGAACUGCACCACCAUAAAGGACAACCUGGCCAUCUUCGGACCAGUGCUGGAUAAAGCUACGAGAGAGUCUGCGUUCGUCCACGCCAUAGCGUCCGCCGGUGUCGCCUUCGCAGUGACCCGAUCCUGCGCCGAGGGCACGUCCACCAUGUGCGGCUGCGACUCACACCACAAGGGGCCGCCGGGCGAGGGCUGGAAGUGGGGCGGCUGCAGCGAGGACGCCGAGUUCGGCGUGCUGGUGUCGAGGGAAUUUGCAGACGCCAGAGAGAACAGACCGGAUGCUCGCUCUGCUAUGAACCGGCACAACAACGAGGCCGGACGCACAACCAUCCUCGACCACAUGCACCUGCGCUGCAAAUGUCACGGCCUUUCUGGAAGCUGCGAGGUGAAGACCUGUUGGUGGGCGCAGCCGGAUUUCCGCACGCUGGGCGACUACCUGAAGGACAAGUACGACAGCGCCUCGGAGAUGGUGGUGGAGAAGCACCGCGAGUCACGGGGUUGGGUGGAGACCCUACGAGUGAAGUACAACUUCUUCAAGCACCCCACCGAGCGCGAUCUGGUUUACUACGAGGGCUCGCCCAACUUCUGCGAGCCCAACCCGGAGACGGGGUCGUUCGGGACGCGCGACCGCGUCUGCAACGUGUCGUCCCACGGCAUCGAGGGGUGUGACCUCCUAUGCUGCGGCCGCGGCCACAACACCCGGACUGAGAAGCGCAAGGAGAAGUGCCACUGCAUCUUCCACUGGUGCUGCUACGUCAGCUGCCAGGAGUGUGUGCGCGUCUAUGAUGUACACACAUGCAAAUGAGAGGCCUGUACUUUAAGGCAAACUGACUGCUGGACCUUCUACCCUAACUCCCCCCCCCUGUGUCCUCCCUGCACAACUUCCCUGCAGACGCAGACUCAUUCUGCACACCGGUCAAUAACCCACUCACACACACAAACUUAGGAUGUAACGUACGGAGCCAAGCCAGGGUCAGGUGCAACGAUAAAAACAGAGCUUAGGUCAGUUUAGCUCACUGAUUUACAGUAACACUGGUGUUUAUAUACACCAGCUGCAUAACUGGAGUUAAAAGAUUGUCUAAAUCUUGCAACAUUCAGAUGCAAUAUUCAUCCAUCAGCGCUAUUAACAGUACAGUCAUUAAAUCAUUUUUGGACGUAUCAGACAUUUACGCUUUCUGUUAACGUUGACACAGGAAAUGGAGGCCCACCAUUGAAAUAUUUUUGAACAAUUUGGAUAAAUGAAAUCAUUAUAAGAAAACUUUUAGUAUUUACUCUAAAAACAAAUACUUUGAGUAAAGUAAAAGUACUUUGUCUGAUUUUGGUAUUUGUUUGAUCCAAGUUAUUUAAGCGUGAUAAAUUGAAGGGAAUCUGAAAGGCAGCAAAUAUUUCUCCACCUCAGUUUUUGCACAUUGCACAGUACGAAUACUUAUAACGAGGCAGUUAAAUGAUAACACAGCACACUCAGUAAACAUUUUUGAAUCGCUUUAUGAUUACAGUUUUUAAUCUUUGAAACACUUGUGCCAAUAACCCGACAUCAAGAUCCCAACAUUAGGAACCUGUCUAAACCGAAACACUCAGCAAACUUAUGAUCUGUUUUAUUAGAAUAUGAAUGUUGCAUUUAUUCUGCUUUUCAGCUGAUGAAGUGAUGUGGAGCUGAAGAUUUUAACUGCUAGUGUGUUUUCUGACACACUUUACUUCCUGACCUGAGGAACUCGACCCAUUUAAUCCUCUGUUUUUACUUUGACACCCGACACUCGCAGGGCUCCGCGACGAAUGGCUAAAGGUUAAAUCGGAAACAACAAAACAACUUAGUCCUCAUAGCCCCCUGCACCGGACUACCUGAAAAACGUCGCCCGCUCUCAUGGGAAGCAGUUGUGCCACUUUCAGCGCCCUCUCCUCCCCAGCCCCCCCGUGUCUUUAUUUAUUUCCCUCCUCUAUGCCGACACGAUGUUCGUGGCAUAUGUAUAGAAAACACAUAAUGCAGUAAAACCCACCCGUCUUCCCAACUUACACCUCACUUCUCCAGCUUUUACGUACGUCUGAACUAACAUGGCAUCCUAUCGGUUACUCUUCUGCAGCCCAAAAGUCACUUUUUUUUAACUACUGAACUGAAAACAGUAGGCAGACGCUGACGGUGCAACAGUCCUGUCUAUUGCAAACUACUGAGCUGAUUGAGUCCUUUCCACUGGACCAGUCAACUGCGAAUUCUGGAAGAUAUAUAUAUAUAUAUAUAUAUAUAUAUAUAUAUAUAUACACACACACACACACUACAGUGUGAGGUUUAUAGCCCUGCAUUUCUGAAUUAUGGCCAUCAGGAUGGGACUGAAGGUAUGCAGGAGGGCGCAUGCGCAUUCCUCUCAACAACAUCCCCACAUGGGUUUACAUAUGCACUAUUCCAACAACUCUAGGUGGGAAUACAAAAAUAAACAAUAAAAAAAAGUCUGCAAAGUUCUUAUGAAUAAUAUCUUUGUUGCACUUUCCGAGGGCGAGUUCGGCCUUUAAACUGCUCACGGAUCCAUGCAGCAUCACACUUGAGUCGAGCUUUAGCGCGUUUGAUUACAGUUCAUCAGGUUCAUCGUAAAGAUCUGUGUCUAAAAAUAAAUCUGAUUCAGUAAAAAAAAAAAAAAAAACAAGAGGACAUGUGAUGACACGCGGAGACCAAGGAUUAGGGAAAGCCUUUGAUUGGCCGUCACAUCUCUCCCAGAGCAUUCCUUCAUGUUUUUCCCGUGCCGAAGAAUUCAAACGGGUGUGAUUUAUGAAGCUGUAUUCUUGUCUGUGCUUCACCCCAAAAAAACAUGCCUGCCGCACCGUCGUGGUAACGCUGAGGGAGCGCGCAGGAGUUCAGCAGAGGAACGGAUGUGACAAAAGGUUAAACUAGGAGAUCACCAAGGGAAAAUGAGGUCAUUUGUGCAGGAAAAGAU